UAUAUAUAUACACAUGCAUACAUAUACUCAUGUAACACCCACCAACAACAGGCUCUCUCUGAAAAAUACAUUUCUGACUUCUCCUUUGUUUCACAACUCAAAGUUAAUUCUUAAACAGAAAAAAGCAAACUAAUGGAAGUGAGUAGCGUAGACGAGAGUACGACGAGUACAUGUUCUAUCUACGAAACUCCGGCGAUAACUCCGGCCAAGACGUCGGUGAAUCUGCACAGGAUGGGAAGCGGAUCUAGCGUGGUGCUAGAUGCUGAGAACGGAGCUGAGGCGGAGUCGAGGAAGCUUCCGUCGUCCAAGUACAAAGGCGUCGUCCCUCAGCCGAACGGGCGGUGGGGAGCUCAGAUUUACGAGAAGCACCAGCGCGUGUGGCUCGGGACUUUCAACGAGGAGGACGAGGCGGCCCGUUCUUACGACGUGGCGGUUCACCGGUUCCGAGGCCGAGACGCCGUCACGAACUUCAAAGACGCGAGGCUCGACGACGGAGAGGUCGAGUUCUUGAACACACAUUCCAAAUCUGAGAUCGUUGAUAUGCUGAGAAAGCAUACGUAUAGCGAGGAGCUCGAGCAGAGCAAACGGCGACGUAACGGUAGUGGAAACGCGGUUAGGUCUACGACGCAAAACGACGGCGUUUCGACGACGGAGUUUAGAUCGGCGGUGUCUUUGUUUGAGAAAGCGGUUACGCCUAGCGACGUUGGGAAGUUAAACCGUCUAGUGAUACCGAAACACCACGCGGAGAAAUAUUUUCCGUUGCCGCCGUCGAGUAACGUUUCCGUUAAAGGGGUGUUGUUGAACUUCGAGGACGUGGCGGGGAAAGUGUGGAGGUUCCGUUACUCGUAUUGGAACAGUAGUCAAAGCUAUGUUCUGACCAAAGGUUGGAGCCGGUUCGUUAAGGAGAAGAAUCUACGUGCUGGUGAUGUGGUUAGUUUCAGUAGAUCCGAUGGCCAGGAUCAACAGCUAUACAUUGGGUGGAAGUCUAGAUCCGGGUCGGAUGUGGAAACGGGUCGGGUUUUGAGACUGUUCGGAGUCAACAUUUCACCGGCGGGUUCAAGAAACGACGUGGUAGGGAACAAGAGAGUGGUGAACGAUACUGAGAUGUUAUCGUUGGUCUGUAGUAAGAAGCAACGCAUCUUUCACGCCUUGUAACCACUCCUCUUUCUUGAGUUUUAAUAACUUUUUUUUAAUCCCACUUUCCAUUUCUUUUUUCAGUUGCAUCAGUUUCUUCUUAGUACCAAAGGUUCACGAGUUGAUUUAUUGUAAUGAUGAACUGUAUAUCUUAUUUUACUAGUGUGAUUAUGUUUUUACCAGAUCGCACUUUCUUCUUUAA